CUGGGCUGGAGCGCAACCCCGUCGUCCCAGCCCCUUGAACUGAGGCCCCGCCUUACUGCCAGCCGAUUGGCCUAACCAGCACCACCUUGAGUCACUAGCCUCCAGGAGCAGCCUGGCCACGCCCACCUGUUGUGUCGCCCCCCCACACUUUAAUCUCAGGAUUGUUGCGUCUGUUCACUUAGCUCAAAAGCUGCUCUCUGGCGGCCUGGCGCUCAGUUUUCCCUUCAUUCUGGUAACAUGCGGGCGGCGCCUUUCGCGCCGGACGCAAAGCCUCCCCGCCGCAGGAGGAAGACCUAUGCUUUCUGGUGGUGGUUCCUGGGCAUCUGCGCAGAGGCCCUGCUGUUCCUGCUGUCUACUUUAUCAGAUGCCUGUGAACUACCACCACCAUUUGAAGCUAUGGAACUCAAGGGUGUACCUAAACCCUAUUAUGAGGUUGGAGAGACAAUACAAUAUCAAUGUAAAAAAGGAUACCUAUAUAUGCUUCCAUUCUCCAUGUUUGCUACCUGUGAACCAAAUCAUACAUGGGUCCCUAUUUCAGAUGAUGGUUGUGUUAAAAUAGAAUGUACUAAAUUACAGAGCCCUUCAUCUGGCAAUGUACACUACAUUGAUGGCAGAGUUUCAUGGGGUAGUCGAGCUCAAUUUUCUUGUGUGGAGGGUUAUUACUUAGUUGGUAUGUCACUUCUACACUGUGUGCUUAAAGAUGAUGAUGCAUACUGGAAUGGUCCUGCCCCACACUGUGAAAAGAUCUCUUGCUUACCACCUCCAAAAAUAAAAAAUGGAACACACACCUUUAGUGAUAUAGAUGUAUUCAAAUACCGUGAAGCAGUAAUUUACAGUUGUGAUCCUACCUCAGGACCAGACAAGUUUUCCCUUAUUGGAAUAAGUGUGCUGUUCUGUUCUGGCCACAACACCUGGAGUAGCAAGCCUCCGGAGUGUAGAGUGGUAAAAUGUCCAUUUCCAUUACUACAAAAUGGAAGACAGAUAGCAGGAUUUGAAAAAAGAUUUUCCUAUCAAGCAACAGUGACGUUUGAGUGUGAUGAGGAUUUUUACAUGAAGGGCAGUGAUACAGUGGUCUGCAGUGCCAGUAGCACUUGGGAGCCUCCAAUCCCAAUAUGUCUCAAAGGUCCUAGGCCUACUCAUCCCACCAAGCCUCCAGUUUACAAUUACCCAGGAUAUCCUAAUUCCCGUGAAGGAAUAUUUGGCCAAGAAUUAGACGCAUGGAUUAUUGCUCUGAUUGUUAUUACUUCAAUUGUUGGAGUUGUUGUAAUUAUUCUCAUCAUACUCAGAUAUCUUGAGUACAAGACGAAAGGGAAAAAAGUGGUUAAAUCUCAGAGUACCACUUCCCGCAAAAAGUCAGUCUCAAAUGCCACACUAACAGGAAAAACUGUAUCAUUGCCACGCACCCCAAGAAGCAAUUUAUCUUCUGUCUCUAAUUUAACUGUAACGAAAGCAAAAUGAGAAGUCCCAUGUGCGGAAGUCAUCACUGUUCCAUUUUUGAAAUCCGGCUCUUCAAGUCUGGCGAAAGUAAAAUCAUAUAUUUGCAGGAGCUUCAUUUAUGGUAAUGUGUGUGUGUGUGUGUGUUUCUAGUGUAAAUCAAAUCUGUUUCCAACUGCAAUCUCUUAACCUCUCAACCGUCUCCUACCAUCCCAACCCCUCCAGCUUACCAAGGGUUUCAACAUAGCCCGGAGUGCCUGUGUCCUGAACAAAAUGUUCAGUGGCAUGUCACCUGCAGGAAGAAGGCCGUCUUUCAAGCAUGAUACCAGACCUUCUACAAUUCCAACUCUUCCUAUACUUCACACUUUCAUCGCACGUAAUGGCUGUGCAUUAAGCUCAUGUCUGUGUCUCCCACACUCUUACCCUAGUGUUACCCAAAAUGCUCAAUUCUCUCCAGAUCCAUUUAUCUUCAAGGCCAAUGUGUGUCCUACCUAUCCUGUGAAGCUCUGACUCCUCGGGCUCUUAAUCCUUUAUUACCUAGCCUUAAGUUAGCUACACAUAAGAGUCUAUAUAUUCGUGUCUAAUAGGAGAUGUAACUUUCAUAUCACUUUAAUGCAUUCAGAGGACUCAAAAUACAAAGUCUAGCAAUUAAAGUAAAAACUUGACCUGUGUAACUAAUAGGAUUUGGUUUUCUUUAUGCAAACAUAGUUCUUGCUGCCUUUGCAGACAUGAAGUAAGCCAGACUAAGUAAAACCAGGCCAGUGUUUCUCACCUGAGACUGUCCAGUAGCCUCUCCCAGGAAGCUUUAUUGAUGCUUGAGUUACUACCCCAGUGGGCUCUCAUAUUAUUGAGAUGUGGCCUGAACAUAGGAGGUUUUAAUUUCUCUGGUGAUUUUAAUUUUCCAGCUGAGGCUGAGAACCUGCAUUAGUGACCUUCAGGCCUGACAGUCACCACCUCUCCAUAUAAACUUAUAAAGACAGUAAAACCUUAAAUAUCACAGUUUAAUUUUGCCUAUUAAAAUUUUUCAGACUUUAA